UGCCUAUUAGCCGCGCGCUUUCUGUGCUCUUACAAAAUGGCUGCCUGAAGCCGCUUCCCGCUCUCUGGCUGGGCUGCUUUCCUGUGUGGUGUACCGGGCAUGUGAAAUCUGUGACAGCACCGAACACGGAGUGUCUAGAGGUAUUAAUACUCGGCGACUACUCGUGUCUGUGACAGAGACCGUGAGGUGAAAUCAAAAUGGCAAAAAGACUCGCAGACAAGGAGCUGACCGAUCGUAACUGGGAUCAGGAGGAAGAGGCUGAGGAUGCUGGGACCUUUUCUGUGGCGAGUCAGGACAUACUGAAGAACAGAGAGAUCAAAAAGGCGAAGCGUAGAAAUGCUGGAGCUGAUGGUGAAAGCAGUGGAGCUUUUAAAGGCUUUAAAGGCCUCGUCCCAUCGACCGGAGGUGCGUUCUCUGCAUUUGGAAACGGGACGGGCGUUAAACCGUUGCAAGGCUUGACGAACGGAUCCAGCACCUCAAGCUCUUCCUUGUUCGUUAAUCUGCAGCCUGCGACAAACACAAAGCUGUCCUUCGGAUCUCCGCUUUCAAAUGGCCCUUCAUCAAGUUUUACUGUGGGAACUUCUGGAACCAACGGCGAAAAGGUGACCUCUACCUCCGGACCGGCUCCUAAAAAGUCCUGUAACAGCAGCGACUACAAUAAGCAGCUGUCGUCCUUGAACUGCUGCGUGCGCGACUGGAUAGUGAAGCACGUUAACGCCAAUCCUCUGUGCGACCUCACGCCCAUCUUCAGGGACUACGAGAAACAUUUAGGGGACAUUGAGCAGAAGUACGGCGCCAGCACAGACAGUGGAUCUGAAAGCGAUAGCACCCCCAAGUCAGCCCAGAAUCCGACCAUUACGACUUCUCACUCUCUCAAAACCGACAACAAGGGAACAUUUUCAUUUCUUGGCAAAGAGAGCACCUCUGACAAGCAGGAGAAGACAUCUCAGCCCAUCGCUACCUUUAACUUUGGGCAGAAAGUGGACGCCUCCGCUUUUAGUGCCGCCAGUUCUGCAGCAGCAGCUACCUUCUCCUUCUCUGUGGGUGGCGGACUGUUCAAGAAAGAUGCAGCUCCUCUGGCUCCUGCCAAGGCCCCGGAACCCGGCACCACCACCAACGCUGAAGCUGCUGGUGAGGAGGAAGAAGAACCACCAAAGGUUGAAAUACAAGAAGUGAAAGAGGACGACGCGUUUUAUUCCAAAAAGUGCAAGCUUUUCUACAAAAAAGAUACCGAGUUUAAAGAGAAGGGAGUGGGAACGCUGCACCUAAAACCUGUAGGGAAUCAGAAGACUCAGCUUCUAGUCCGUGCCGAUACCAACCUGGGAAACAUAUUGCUGAACGUGUUGGUCCAGCCGUCCAUGCCAUGCUCACGAACGGGAAAGAACAAUGUGAUGAUCGUCUGCGUCCCGAACCCGGCGAUCGACGAGAAGAAUCCAACCGUCCCGGUGACGAUGCUGAUUAGAGUGAAAACGGCGGACGAUGCUGAUGAGCUACAUAGGAUUUUGCUUGAGAAAAAAGGGGCAUAAACAUAAACUUUUUUUUUUUUUUUUUUUCCCCAUCUCUCCAAAAUUGCUGCUCAUUCAAAACCUCAAAUGUGUCCAUUCAGUGGAUAAAUUCUUUUUACCGUGGCCCGAGUUAUUUCUGAAUGCUCAAAGGUUGUCUUAAUUUUUGUUAAAAAAAUAAAAAAUGAAAUAGUAAUAAAA